AUGCUGCGACCUGGUGUUUCGUGGUGCAAGCAAGCGAGCAAUGAAGAAAUUAAUAUGGGUGCAUGUGCAAUCUGCAUCAACGUGCAAUCUGCAUCAACACGCCAUCCGCAUCAACACGCCAUCCGCAUCAACACGCCAUCCUGCAUCAACACGCCAUCCUGCAUCAACACGCCAUCCUGCAUCAACACGCCAUCCUGCAUCAACACGCCAUCCUGCAUCAACACGCCAUCCUGCAUCAACACGCCAUCCUGCAUCAACACGCCAUCCUGCAUCAACACGCCAUCCUGCAUCAACACGCCAUCCUGCAUCAACACGCCAUCCUGCAUCAACACGCCAUCCUGCAUCAACACGCCAUCCUGCAUCAACACGCCAUCCUGCAUCAACACGCCAUCCUGCAUCAACACGCCAUCCUGCAUCAACACGCCAUCCUGCAUCAACACGCCAUCCUGCAUCAACACGCCAUCCUGCAUCAACACGCCAUCCUGCAUCAACACGCCAUCCUGCAUCAACUCCAUCCGGCAUCAUCCAUCCAUGCUGCAACGCGCCAUCCCGCAUCGACGCGGCAUUGCAUAA